AUGUCACAGUCGGGGUGUCCUCUUGGUGACAGAAUCCUAGUAGGUUACAUUUUACCCGAAAAGAAGGUUAAAAACUCCGACUCUGAUUGGGAAGAUGAUGAUGAUGAUGAGGAGGAGGAAGAAGAAGCACAGCCGGAGUUUCUGGAUAUGAAAGAGAUGGACAGCGUUAGUUCAGGAGGACACGUGUUUAAUUCCUCCGUACCGGGCCGAAACGAAGUUGAUUUCCUGGACAGCGUGUCUGGUAAGAGAUGCAGAGUACUGGGCCGGUUCAGUCUGAAGGACCCGUGGUGGGAGGCUACCUGCACGGCCCGCGCAGCCAGGGGCAAGCUGGUGCUACGGGGCUACCCUGCCUACCGCCUUCGCUCAGACCUCCAGGGAGACCCGGACCACUCUGUCCUGUCUCUGUUCCUCACCGCCUGCGGCGUGGACGCACAGUUUGUCGGCCCCUUCUUUGCUUGGCUGCCGAUGGGAAGGAAGGUGGAGUUUGCUAACUUGCAGGAAGUUCUGGCUGAGUUUGAGGAAGGAGAGCAGCACAGAGCUUUGGCACAGCAGAUUAAAGCCUUGGUCUCUGUUUCAGCUCAUGUCAUCGGUAUGUCUGUCAGUUGCAGGGAUGCGCGUGACUGCUGCCUCUCUGUACCCCCAUGUGAUGAGAUACCUGCCUACCCUACUGCCAGGGCGCUUCACAGAGCUCCUGAGUCGGGAAAGAAAAGCCCAAAACAUCCUGCGGCACAGGGUGCUACACAGAUAGAGGAGGAAGAGGAGGAUCUCAGCUUGCUGGCCAAAAUAGAGGAGAUGAUCAAGACGGACGUCUGGAAGCUGGGCUUUAACUAUGUUAUGUACAAGGAGUUGAAGGUGGUCCAUUGCGAGGCUCAGCUGAGAUCCUUCCAUGAGUGUAAACUCUUCCAAGAGAUCCCUCUGAAGCAGCGUAACGCCCUGCGAGUCUACGACUCUCUGAAGAACCACUGCCACAGGACGGGCAGUACCUACACGGAGCUCCCCACCCUGUGUGACGAGGUCAGGAGAGGGUGUAGCUCCGUGGUGGAGGUGGAGGUGUGGGACGCAGUCCACUUCCUCAAAGAGCUGGGCGUAGUGGUGCGGGAUCGCCAGAAGGUGGCGCUGCAGAACCUGCAUUCUUAUGAGACUGGGAUAGCUGAGUGCCUACGCUGUCUGGUGCAGGAAGAGCCCUGGGUUUUACCUCUGGAUGUCAUAGAGGUGCUGACUGCUUCAGCUCUGCAGAGGCUGAGGAAGAAGGGAGCGGAUGGAGGGAGUAGGGAGGAUCAUGGUGAAGGGGACUCCGACGCAGAGCGGAAGGCUCAUGAGCUGAAUGAAAGGUGUGAUAUGGAUGGCAGCGCUGCAGAGACAGACCGUACUAGUACUGCUGUUAGAACAGCCAGCGGAUACUCUGUCCCAGACCACAUCAAACCUGAACCAGCCCCUACAGACCAGGGCCCUCCAGUAGAUUUAGACCCAGACCAGGGCCCUCCUGCAGUAGAUUUAGACCCAGACCAGGGCCCUCUUCCAGUAGAUUUAGACCCAGACCAGGGCCCUCUUCCAGUAGAUUUAGACCCAGACCAGGGCCCUCUUCCAGUAGAUUUAGACCCAGACCAGGGCCCUACUGCAGUAGAUUUAGACCCAGACCAGGGCCCUCCUCCAGUAGAUUUAGACCCAGACCAGGGCCCUCUUCCAGUAGAUUUAGACCCAGACCAGGGCCCUCUUCCAGUAGAUUUAGACCCAGACCAGGGCCCUCUUCCAGUAGAUUUAGACCCAGACCAGGACCCUCCUCCAGUAGAUUUAGACCCAGACCAGGUACGUGCAGCAGAGAUGAUCUGCUUCAAUCCGGUGACUGUGAUCAGUGGUAAGGGGGGCUGUGGUAAGACCACGGUGGUGAGUCUGGUGUUCAAGGCCGCCUUGCAGCAGAGCCCAGAGAAGGAGGUCGCGAAGGCAUGCUGGGACUUUGAAAAUGACUCAUUGGGGUCUGAGGCGUGGGAGGAAGCCGAGGCGUGGGAGGAAGAAGCCCGGUCGAAGAGUCUGCUCUCUCAGUUAAAUGGGGAGGUAAAGGACGAAAAGAAGUCGUCGUCGUGGGUUUUACAGGGAGAGGACGAGGUGUUACUAACAGCACCCACAGGGAGAGCUGCGUCUCUGCUCACCAAGAGGACCUGCUUCAAGGCCUACACCCUGCACCAGGUAGUGUGGAGUUUCAUGCAGGCCAAGAAAGACCCCAACGGGGCUCCUGAGGAGUGGAAGUUUGCGCGUGUGCGCGUGUUGGUGGUGGACGAGGGCAGUCUGGUGUGUGUUCAGCUCCUCCACUCCGUCCUCACCAUGCUCACCAAACACGCACAGCUCAGGAAGUUCGUCAUCUUGGGUGAUGUGCGUCAGCUGCCCAGUAUCCAGCCAGGAAACACCUUGUAUGACCUGUUCCACAGUCUGGGCCGAGCCCAUUGGGCCAUCGAGAUGAGGACCAAUCACAGAGCUGAGUCUCAACUCAUCGUCAACAACGCCGGACAAAUCGCAGAGAUGGGAAUGAAUCGUAGUUUCAGACCGCUCCACUAUGACGCCAUCUUGGAUCUGAAUGGAAGCUACACCAUGCCCUCUGAAGACAAGAGGUUCAUCCUCAUCCUGCUGCCCAACACCACCGAGGACUCUGACUAUGACCUUCAGGUGGCUAUCGGACUCUUAUUGGAAGCUGCUCCAGGACUGAAGAAUGACGCCACGUCACAGUUCAUUGCCUUCAGAAGGUAAGAUGAGCAUU